AAUGCGAUGGAACUUCUUGCAGCCGCACAGUCGAUGCUCAUUCUCCUCAUCAUCCUCUUUUUUGGGAUCGGACCCUCCCCAGCAUUGGCUCAUCCAAUUGAUGCACAACUGUUGGUUGACAUGUGGAACGUCAAACACAAGUUGGCUAGCACGGGCUUGUUCCUAGAGCAAGAGUCGAAUCAUACAAUGCCAUUCUGGAAAGAAUGGGCAAUCGUCUCCGCCAAGCGCCGCACAAUCGUCGGGCUCCAUCACCUCGAGUUUGCGUGGUCGCUUCGAUUCGGAUAUCCAAUCCUCACGUGCUUUGAGCUGGGACCGUUCCCUGCACCCGCUGCGAGAUGUCUUUGGCAGAGUGACGGGGAAGAGGAGUGGCAGCGCCUUUACAAAGAAUGGCUAAAGCAGUGGGCUGAUGGGGGGAGUUACAAGAUGACGGAACUGUUUCGAGUCAAUGGUAGCAAGGAGAGUGAUGCUUUGGAUGCUAGAAGCGAGCUGUGGCUGGCAGAAGCAGACGAGUUUGGCAUGAUGCUCAUGGCGGAAGCGAAUGGCAUUGGUGUUGAGUUCUAGAUAGCCACAGGCAGAACAGAUGUGAGAUGUCCUUGUUUGUUACAUCUCAUUUAGACUUUCAGUACCCUACAGGCCAUAAAGUUGCGUGU